CUUGUUCCCGCGUUGAGCCGCCGCCGCCUCAGCCCGGGCCCAGCCGCGUCGCCUGAGCCCCGUUCGCCCCCCCGCCCCCUGAGGGGAAGCCCUGCCCGGCCGCCAUGUCGGACUACAGCACUGGGGGGCCGCCGCCGGGGCCGCCGCCGCCUGCUGGAGGAGGAGGAGGCGCCGGGGCCGGAGCCGGAGCCGGGGCUGGCGCCGGGGGAGCCGGGGGGCCGCCACCGGGAGCGCCGGGCGCCGGGGACCGGGGAGGUGGAGGGGGCGGAGGGCCAGGCCCCGGCUCGGCCCCACCACCCGGAGGGGGAACCCCGGGAAUCCGCAAGGACGCCUUCGCCGAUGCUGUGCAGCGGGCCCGGCAGAUAGCAGCAAAAAUUGGAGGUGAUGCAGCUACCACGGUCAAUAACAGCACUCCAGAUUUUGGGUUUGGGGGCCAAAAGAGACAGUUGGAAGAUGGAGAUCAGCCUGAGAGCAAGAAACUGGCAGCCCAAGGCGACUCUCUCAGUUCUCAGCUUGGGCCUAUCCAUCCUCCUCCCAGGUCUUCAAUGACGGAAGAGUACCGUGUCCCUGAUGGCAUGGUGGGACUAAUCAUUGGCAGAGGUGGUGAACAGAUCAACAAGAUCCAGCAGGACUCAGGUUGCAAAGUACAGAUCUCACCAGACAGUGGUGGCUUACCAGAGCGAAGUGUGUCACUGACAGGAGCCCCGGAAUCAGUGCAGAAGGCAAAGAUGAUGCUGGAUGACAUUGUAUCUCGGGGCCGAGGUGGCCCUCCAGGACAGUUCCAUGAUAAUUCAAAUGGGGGUCAGAACGGCACAGUGCAGGAGAUCAUGAUUCCUGCAGGGAAGGCGGGACUGGUGAUUGGCAAAGGCGGGGAGACCAUUAAGCAGCUGCAGGAGCGAGCUGGAGUGAAGAUGAUUUUAAUCCAAGAUGGAUCCCAAAAUACCAAUGUGGACAAACCUCUCCGGAUUAUCGGGGACCCUUAUAAAGUACAGCAAGCCUGUGAGAUGGUGAUGGAUAUCCUCCGAGAACGUGACCAAGGAGGCUUUGGGGACCGGAAUGAAUAUGGAUCCAGGAUUGGUGGUGGGAUAGAUGUGCCAGUGCCCAGACAUUCUGUUGGUGUAGUCAUUGGCCGGAGUGGAGAAAUGAUCAAAAAAAUACAAAGUGAUGCUGGUGUCCGGAUACAGUUCAAACAAGAUGAUGGAACAGGCCCUGAGAAGAUCGCCCACAUCAUGGGACCCCCAGACCGGUGUGAGCAUGCUGCCCGAAUCAUCAAUGACCUCCUUCAGAGCUUAAGGAGUGGUCCCCCAGGACCUCCCGGGGGCCCAGGCAUGCCCCCUGGAGGUAGAGGCCGAGGCCGAGGCCAGGGCAACUGGGGGCCUCCUGGUGGAGAGAUGACUUUCUCCAUUCCAACUCACAAGUGUGGGCUGGUCAUUGGCAGAGGUGGGGAGAAUGUGAAAGCCAUAAAUCAGCAAACAGGCGCCUUUGUGGAGAUCUCUCGGCAGCUCCCACCAAAUGGGGACCCUAACUUCAAACUCUUCAUCAUCCGGGGAUCCCCUCAGCAAAUUGACCAUGCCAAGCAGCUUAUUGAAGAGAAGAUUGAGGGUCCUCUCUGUCCAGUUGGACCAGGUCCUGGGGGUCCAGGUCCUGCUGGCCCAAUGGGGCCCUUCAACCCAGGACCUUUCAACCAGGGGCCUCCAGGAGCUCCUCCUCAUGCGGGAGGUCCCCCUCCACACCAGUACCCACCCCAAGGUUGGGGCAACACUUAUCCACAGUGGCAGCCACCUGCUCCUCAUGACCCAAAUAAAGCAGCAGCUGCAGCAGCAGAUCCCAAUGCUGCCUGGGCUGCCUACUACUCACACUACUACCAGCAGCCUCCAGGCCCUGUGCCAGGUCCAGCGCCAGCCCCCACGGCCCCACCUGCCCAGGGGGAACCCCCACAGCCCCCACCUACCGGACAGUCAGACUACACUAAAGCCUGGGAAGAAUAUUACAAAAAAAUAGGCCAACAGCCUCAGCAGCCUGGUGCUCCCCCCCAACAGGAUUACACAAAAGCCUGGGAGGAGUACUAUAAGAAACAAGCUCAAGUGGCCACUGGUGGUGGACCUGGAGCCCCCCCAGGCUCCCAGCCUGACUAUAGUGCUGCCUGGGCUGAAUAUUACAGACAGCAAGCCGCCUACUACGGACAGACCCCUGGUCCUGGCGGCCCCCAGCCACCACCCACACAGCAGGGACAGCAGGCAAGUGGGAAUUGCCACCCUCCUCCUCCUCCUUUUUCCUUCCAACCCCCGGCUACCGUCCAUCCUGCCUUAGUGGGUAGCGCCGGAAAUCCCUUCCCCUGCGGGGUGUGCCCUUGAUGCCAGCAUCGGGGGCCAUGUGGCCGGAGGUCUCCGGGAGUCCCCACAAGACGGGGACAAUGUGCGCUGGGCCCAGAGGUUAAACAGAAGAGGCCUCCCUCCGCCAGCCUGCUUGUUCCUGUGUAACGCUGUCGUGAUGUUGGGGGAGAGCACGAAAAAAAUACAAGGUGGAACUUUUGAACUGGUGGGUGGUCCUGGGGUGGGUGGGGGGUGGGCAAAUAGCUUGAAUGUUGGUUGCCAUCCCAGCCAACUAACUCACUCUCACUCACUCUGUCUCUGUUUCUCUCAAUCUGUAAAUCUGGCCACUUGAGUUUUAAAAAGCCUUUUUCCUCCCCUCCCCCAGGUUAUGGAUUUAUUAUUUUUUUAUCAAUGAUCAUUUCCCCCCAAGUCUGAGUGAUUGUGUGUGUUGCAGGCACCCCUUCUCCGGGGUCAGCACCAUCUCUGGCGGAGAAGAGGGGACCGUCCCAGGGAGGGGCCAGGGUCUCCCUUUCUGCCCCUCCCUGGCUGCUGCUCCCCGUCCCCACUCCGCCUUGGCUCAGUCUCUUCUGCGAAUUUUCUCUCCCCCCUUCUGUCACUCUUGUGCCCGCGCCUCCGAUCCUGAUCCUGGUCUUGUCUGUGGAAGUGGGCAUGACGAUCAUUGCCACCCUCAAACCUACCUCACAGGGGUGUUGUGGGGACACCAUGAUCUUGAACAAUGUUUGUUGUAAAGCGCCGGGAAUCGCCCUCCUCUGAAUGAGGGUGCACCCCGAGAAGGAAAAGUCAUCUCGCGCUCUCUCUUCUGCCUGUUAUGUGGUUGUUUCUCAUUCUUCUUGUUCAAAGAGCCAGAGAGUCUGAUUUCAAAUACAUACUUUGGAGCACUUGCCUAGGGAGUUGAACUCUACCCUCUGGCCUGCAAAAAUUCACUCUGCAUUUGCCACAGGGUUGGGGGGAGUUCCCUGCCUUCCUCUCUUCUCUUUCCUCCCCCCAAAAAAACACUGCUCCUUAGGCUGUUCUAAUCCCGUCCUGGUGACCCUUCUAGCUUCCUCUUCCCUUCCUCCCCUUCCCCUGGUAGUGACCAAUUCCUAUCUCUUCCCUCUCCGCAGGCUCAAUGAAUCGAAUGAAUGUGAACUUCCUCAUCUGUGAAAAUCUUUUUUUGUUUGUUUUUUUGUUUUGUUUUUGUUUUGUUUUUGGCAAGAGAGCGAUGGCUGCCUUGGGGAGGAGGGAGUGGGGUGUAGGGGGAAGCAGGCCCCACUGGGCGGAUAGAGCACUUGCUGAGUGUUUUGCGCUCUCUCGCUCUCUUCUCGCUCGUUCUCACUCUCUUUCUCUUAGUGUCUCACAUGCUUUUUUCUCUCAAAACUCUGGAUUCCUCAUUUUGAG